CACUGCCAGUCAACCUGUGCCUUGACCAGUGAAGCCAGAAGGGAGAGGAGUGUGAAGUAACUGUGCUCUGGAGAAAGGAGACACAGAGAGACGAGGCCGGGAUAUGUGGAGGUGGAGGACAAGGGAGCCGGAGAGUUCCACGAUGGAGGGGCUUCUCCUAAGGAGUGAGGCGGCCACGUGCUGAGGGGAGGCAGUGAUUCCUGGGCCUGGGACGUGCGAGGACGGCUACACCAUCCACGGACGGGGAGACACAGCAACCCCCAGCUGGGGUGAAGAGCAGAAUGAGAGUUUUCAGUUCUAAUCCUUCAGCUCUGCCUUGUCGCUCCUGAGUUCAGCCUUCAGAACAUUGCCCAGUGACAAGGAGUGUUCGGUGUGCAUCGUAGACACACUGGAAGGUCGUCUCUACGGCGCUUUGAAGGCCUCUAGAAACCUCUCCCAAACUUCUGCUUACUGCGGACCAAGGCUGUGUCAAGAUGGCGUCCGUGUUUCGCAGUGAGGAGAUGUGUUUGUCCCAACUGUUUCUCCAGGUGGAGGCUGCAUACUGCUGUGUGGCUGAGCUCGGGGAACUCGGAUUGGUUCAGUUCAAAGAUUUAAAUGUGAAUGUGAACAGCUUCCAAAGGAAAUUUGUGAAUGAAGUCAGACGGUGUGAGUCACUGGAGAGAAUCCUCCGUUUUCUGGAAGAUGAGAUGCAGAAUGAAGUUGUGGCUCAGUUGCCAGAGAGGCCCCCACCGACCCCUCUUCCACGGGAAAUGAUUACGCUGGAGACUCUUCUAGAAAAACUGGAAGGAGAAUUACAGGAAGCCAACCAGAACCAGCAGGCUUUGAAGAAAAGCUUCCUAGAACUGACUGAACUCAAACAUCUCCUGAAGAAAACUCAAGACUUCUUUGAGACGGAAACCAACCUCGCUGAUGAUUUCUUUAUGGAAGACACUUCGGGUCUCCUGGAGUUAAGAACGACGCCUGCCUACGUGACUGGAAAGCUGGGGUUCACGGCCGGAGUGAUCAACAGGGAGCGGAUGGCUUCCUUUGAGAGGCUGCUGUGGCGAGUGUGCCGAGGGAACAUCUACCUGAAGUUCAGUGAGGUGGACACGACUCUGGAGGAUCCAGUCACGAAAGAAGAAAUUAAAAAGAACAUAUUCAUCAUAUUUUAUCAAGGAGAGCAACUCAGGCAGAAAAUCAAGAAGAUCUGUGAGGGAUUUCGAGCCACCAUCUACCCCUGCCCAGAGCCUGCGGCGGAGCGCAGAGAGAUGCUGGCCGGCGUCAAUGCGAAGCUGGAAGAUUUAAUCACCGUCAUCACACAAACAGAGUCUCACCGUCAGCGCCUCCUGCAACAAGCAGCUGCCAACUGGCACUCCUGGGCCAUUAAAGUGCAGAAGAUGAAGGCCAUUUACCACAUCCUGAACAUGUGCAACAUUGACGUCACCCAGCAGUGCGCCAUUGCUGAGAUCUGGUUCCCGGUGGCAGACGCCGGGCGCAUCAAGAGGGCGCUGGAGCAAGGCAUGGAACUAAGUGGCUCCUCCAUGGUCCCCAUCCUGACUGCAGUGCAAUCUAAAACAGCACCUCCCACAUUUAACAGGACCAAUAAAUUCACAGCUGGCUUCCAGAAUAUUGUAGAUGCAUAUGGUGUGGGCAGUUACCGGGAAAUAAACCCAGCUCCCUAUACCAUCAUCACUUUCCCCUUCCUGUUCGCUGUGAUGUUUGGAGACUGUGGUCAUGGGAUCGUGAUGCUACUGGCAGCCCUUUGGAUGGUCCUUAAUGAGAGACACUUGCUCUCCCAGAAGACGAACAAUGAGAUCUGGAACACCUUCUUCCAUGGACGCUAUCUGAUUCUCCUUAUGGGCAUCUUCUCCAUCUACACGGGCUUGAUUUACAACGACUGCUUCUCCAAGUCUUUCAACAUCUUCGGCUCUUCUUGGAGUGUCCGACCCAUGUUCAGAAAUGGCACGUGGAACACACACGUAAUGGAAACAAAUCCGUAUUUACAGCUGGACCCAGCUGUUCCAGGAGUGUACUCUGGAAAUCCAUACCCAUUUGGGAUUGACCCGAUUUGGAACUUGGCUUCAAACAAACUAACAUUCCUGAACUCCUACAAAAUGAAGAUGUCGGUUAUCCUGGGGAUUGUCCAGAUGGUUUUUGGUGUUAUUCUCAGCCUUUUCAAUCACAUAUACUUCAGAAGAACUCUCAACAUCGUUCUGCAGUUCAUUCCUGAGAUGAUUUUUAUUCUGUGUCUGUUUGGAUACUUGGUUUUCAUGAUCAUUUUCAAAUGGUGCCACUUUGAUGUCCACGCGUCCCAGCAUGCCCCCAGCAUCCUCAUCCACUUCAUCAACAUGUUUCUGUUUAACUAUGAUGACCCUUCCAAUGCACCCCUGUACAGACAUCAGCAAGAAGUCCAAAGUUUCUUCGUUAUUAUGGCUUUGAUUUCUGUCCCGUGGAUGCUUCUGAUUAAGCCAUUUAUUCUUAGAGCCAAUCAUCGAAAAUCCCUGCUGCAGGCCUCCAUGAUCCAAGAAGAUGCCGCAGAGAACAUUGAAGGUGACAACUCCAGCCCUUCCUCGAGCGCUGGCCAGAAGGCUUCUGCAGGUGCCCAUGGGGCUCAGGAUGACCAUGAAGAAGAGUUCAAUUUCGGAGACAUCUUUGUGCAUCAAGCCAUCCACACGAUCGAGUACUGCCUGGGCUGCAUUUCAAACACGGCCUCUUACCUCCGGCUCUGGGCCCUCAGCCUGGCUCAUGCACAACUGUCUGAAGUGCUCUGGACCAUGGUGAUGAACAUUGGCCUUCGCCUGCGUGGCUGGGGAGGACUCAUUGGGGUCUUUAUCAUUUUCACCAUAUUUGCUGUGCUGACAGUAGCCAUCCUUCUGAUCAUGGAGGGCCUCUCUGCAUUCCUGCACGCUCUGCGACUGCACUGGGUGGAGUUCCAGAACAAGUUCUACGUCGGGGCUGGUUACAAGUUUUCCCCUUUCUCAUUUAAAUACAUCCUGGACGGGCCAGCCGAGGAGUAGCUAUGGGUCUCGAGGCCUCCGGCUUCAGUCUCCGUGCCAGCGAGAGGUCAGCGUGUCUUCAGUGUCAGCCUGUGCGAGCCCGUCAAUGGCCUGAUUGUUCUUGGCUCGCUGGAGGCGGGAAGCCAUGUAUAUUUUACUAAUAAGCCUUGGGAUUUGAUACAGCCUAACCAUGUUACAGAUGAGGCGACCUCAUGCUGGGCCACAAUUGUCAAACGCUAAAAUGGGGAGGGCUACGCAGAUGUUUUCUUGCAAUUUUGUAAGUAUGAUAUUUAAGAAAAUAAACUUCUGGGCCA